AUGAAGCUCUCUCCAAUCGUCGCCUCCGCGCUUCUCCUUUUCCUCCCCGCCAUCGUCUCCGCGGCCCCUACCUCAUCUCCCGCUGAGAUCUCUACCAUAGAAUCAGACCCUACCCAACUCUUCGGUCGCGAUGGCCAAACAUGUAACGAGCCAAGACCCGUCAUGACAGGCGACAAGACCAAAGACGAUGCCGCCACAAAGAAAUACAAUGAUCUCAAGAAAAAGAUGGCAGACGCCACUACUGCCGCCCACAAGGGACAAACUGCUUGUCCCUCGACUUCGCUUACCGAUUUCACUAAAUCGAAGGAUAAGACGAAGAGAACCCAGAUCAAGACUAAGUGUGUUAACGGGUAUCAAGCAUGCGUCAAGAACCGCAAGGCAGCUAAUACCGCAUGCACUCAACUUGGAGGAACUGUUGACCAAGGUCACUUGACUGCCGUCACUGUUUGCCAAUCAUCGCUUGACACCUGGAAGGCAAAGAAUCCUUAG